UUCUCCGAGACGCUAAAAUUGAUAAAUCUCAAGUUCAUGAAAUUGUUUUAGUUGGUAGUUCUACUCGUAUUCCUAGAAUACAAAAAAUGGUAUCAGACUUCUUUAAUGGCAAGGAGCUCAACAAAUCCAUUAACCCUGAUAAAGCCGUCGCUUACGGUGCUGCUGUACAAGCUGCAAUCUUGUCUGGUGAUACAUCAGAAAAAACUCAAGACUUGUUAUUACUUGACGUUUUACCACUUACUCUCGGUAUUGAAACUGCAGGAGGUGUUAUGACACCACUUAUUAAACGAAACACCACGGUUCCCACUAAGAAAUCUGAGAUGUUCUCUACAUACAUUGAUAACCAACCAAGUAUACUUAUACAAGUAUAUGAAGGUGAACGUGCUCGUACAAAAGAUAAUAAUUUGCUUGGUAAAUUCAAAUUGACCGGUAUUCCACCUGCACCCCGAGGUAUACCUCAAAUUGAAGUUACUUUUGAUAUUG